AUGGAGACCCUCCCCUAUAUGCCUCCAGUUCUUGGCCAUAGCUUGACCUGCAUGGCACUGGAUCACCGGCUGAGUCAGCUGCCACGUUCGGGCCGGGACGCCGAUAACGUGUCCAUUGUUCGGUCCAAAAUCCUGAGGCACCGAGGCAUAGCGAUAAAGGGCCUUAGCGAAGCCAUUGCCGAUGAGAGGACACGGAUGACCGAUCUAACCAUAAUUUCAACCCUUUUUUUCAUGUUCAUUGAUAUUCGGGUGAACCAGUCUCAUUGGCGACAGCAUUUUGACGGGGCGACAGAGCUCAUCUUGCUACGGGGAGGCCCGGAAAAGUUCUUCCGGCUGCUACGAUAUUACAAGAUGCUGAUAGCAAGCUAUGUUGUGGUCGGCGUUAUGGCGAAUACCACCAGUCCAGCCCAGAACUUAGCAGCACCCGCGUUCCACAUGAAACAUAUCAAACUGAUAUCGCAGUACUACGAUGAUGGACUGUUCCCGUUGUUACUAUGCCCACCUUCGCUCUUCCUAAACAUUAUUGAAAUCAACUACCUUCGACAUCAGGCAGCAGAGACGCCAUCUGCUCUGGAUUCCCUACGUACGCGCGCCCAGGAAGUACUGCAGCAUGUCACCGUUUUUUCGGCAGCGCAGCAUGCAGCAUCAGUGCCCUUGUCAACGGGUGGGCUGCUACUCAGUGGCGUGUAUCAAUCCGCUGUCGUCGUCUAUUGCAUCUCGUCACUUCAGAGCUUGGGUGUUCUUCCUUAUUCCCCAUCAAUGCGCGACACGAAAGCUCGCCACGGCAAGCGACUGCUGAUGCUCUUGGAGGAGGCUCUGACCUCUCUGAGCCUUAAGCAUAUCAUGAUAAAGUGCAUGGUGUGGCCCUUGAUCAUGGCUGGUACACAGGCUUCCCUCGGGAGUCCGGCCCAAAAGGCAUUUGUAGAGAGAACGUUGAUGGAGAUGAGUUAUGAACAUGGCUCACGUCUACCUAUGCUCGCACGGGAGGUAUUGAAUAAAUUCUGGGCAUCAACGAAUAAUGGUUGGGACGAUUGCUUCCCCCAGCCCUAUGCGUUUUUGGCUUAG